ACCCUCGGCAUAUGGGGCCGGCGCCCUACUCACUGAGCCACAGGCACCGCCCCAGGUUACCUCAUUUCUGAUCCCUAGGCUCUAGGAGGUUUACAGGAGGACUUGGAGAGGGUUUCUAAGGUGCCAGAGCCCUAUCCAUUGAGCCACAGGUGCAGCCCAGAAAGAUGCAUUUUUGAAGGGAGCCUCCUACUGUCUAUCCUUCCUGCCAUUCUGGAAGGUAGAGGAAGGCAGACCUUGGCCUCUGCUCCAGGCCACCCAGUUGGGAGACGGAGUAGAAAGGGGCUAUUGACAGCUGUGGCUUUCCUUUAUCUUUCUGACCCUUUAGACCCCCUGGAGGGUGAAUGAAGAAGCUUCCUGUUCCCUGGGAAAUGCUGAGAUGCGUGGAACCCCUGACUUGGUGCAAUGGUCUCAACAUAUGGAGGCUAUGAAGACACAGUUGCUGGAACAAGCACAAGGACAGCUGACGGAGCUGCUGGAUCGUGUCAUGUGGGAGGCUGUACAAUCCUACCCAUCACAAGGCAGGCCUCUGCCCCCCACUUCCCUAGAUUCUUUGAGCAGGACACAGGAGCCAUCCCUAGGGAAACGGAAAGUUUUCGUCAUUCGCAAGUCCCUGCUUGAUGAGCUGAUGGAGGUACAGCACUUCUGCACCAUCUACCACAUGUUCAUCGCCGGCCUGUGUAUCUUCAUCAUCAGCACCCUGGCCAUCAACUUCAUCAAUGAGGGCAGGCUGGGGCCGGAGUUUGACCUACUCAUCUUCAGCUUUGGACAGCUGCCCCUGGUGCUGGCGACGUGGGUCCCCAUGUUCCUGUCUACCCUGCUGGCGCCCUACCAGGCUCUGCGGCUGUGGGCGAGGCCGGGGUCCGGGGGCGCUGCCUGGACGCUGGGGCCCGGCCUGGGCUGCACGCUGCUGGCCGCCCAAGCCGCGGUGCUCUGCGUCCUGCCGCUUCACGUGGCGGUGGAGAACCAGCUCCCGCCCGCCUCGCGCAGCGUUCUGGUCUGUGAGCAGGUCAGGCUCCUGAUGAAGAGCUACUCCUUCUUGAGAGAGGCUGUGCCUGGGACCCUUCGUGCCAGAAGAGGUGAGGAGGUGGGGGCCCCCAGUUUCUCCAGCUACCUCUACUUCCUCUUCUGCCCCACACUCAUCUAUAAGAACACUUACCCCAGGGAAAAGCAUAAAAGGAUGAGAAACACAUUGUCUCCAUUGCUGCUGCAGGACACCCAACAUCAGGUGGAAUUAUGUGGCCAAGAACUUUGCCCAGGUCAGAAGAUGGGACAGAAGGAUGGAUCACCUGCUACUUAUGGUGGCAGAGGAGACAUUGCUGGGAGUAAGUUCCUGGGCUGUGUGCUCUACAUCACCUUCAUCCUGGGCCACCACUGUAUUCCUAUCUUUGCCAACAUGGGCCGAGAGCCCUUCAGCACCCGUGCCCUGCUGUUCUCCAUCCUGCAUACCACGUUGCCAGGCAUCUUCAUUCUGCUACUCAUCUUCUUUGCCAUCUUACAUUGCUGGUUCAAUGCCUUUGCAGAGAUGCUACGAUUUGGAGAUCGGAUGUUCUAUCGGGACUGGUGGAACUCAACCUCUUUCUCCAACUAUUACCGCACUUGGAACGUGGUGGUCCAUGACUGGCUGUACAGCUAUGUGUAUCAGGAUGGGCUGUGGCUCCUUGGUGGCCGGGGCCGAAGGGUAGCCAUCCUGGGCGUGUUCCUAGUCUCCGCAGUGGUCCAUGAGUACGUCUUGUGCUUUGCCCUGGGGUUCUUCUACCCUGUCAUGCUGAUACUCUUCCUUGUCUUUGGAGGGCUGCUGAACUUCACCAUGCAUGACCGGCACAAAGGCCCGGCCUGGAAUGUGCUGAUGUGGACCCUGCUUUCUCUGGGCCUGGGCAUCCUGAUCAGCUUUUACUGCCUGGAGUGGUAUACACGACGGCACUGCCCCUUGCCGCAGACAACCUUCUGGGGACUGGUGACACCUCGGUCUUGGUCCUGCCACCCAUAGAGGUCAAGGCACCCUCACUGCACAGAUCACACCAAGUUCUUCUCUGCCUGUAAAGCCCUGGACCAGGGCUCCUGUCUGCAUUCUCAAAUAGGGCUCUCAGUCAAGGGGCCUGCAUGCCAGACUCUACCUGGGAACUGCAGGGACUGAGGUCUGUGGAUCUGUAGGUAGCUGAACACAGACUCAGCAUGAAAGAACUCAGCAUGAGACUUAAGUCCCAUCAGAGACUUAAGUCUCAUGCUGGUGUCAUGGGCACAUGACACCCUCCCACCCCACAACCUGGGGGGAGACUUGAGGGACCUUACAGAUUUGGUGAAUGUGGGGGGACCCAGGGGAAGUGGAGCCACCAAGAUUUGAGAAGUAUUUUGUUCUUGACUUUGUACUCCUUACAAUACAAAAAUAAACUUUGUCUCCCUUUU